AUGGGAUACCUCUCCUCUCGGCCAUUGAAGACCGACUGGUUUGGAAGCUUGAGACCUCAGCUCCAAACAAAAAGAGUAAAUGUUUACUCUGCCUGUCCAGUUUGCCGUGGGGCUGAGGAAACUAUAGUCCAUGCACUUGUUACUUGUCCAAAGGUUCAAGUUGUAUGGAACCGUGUGGGCAUUGGCACUGGAACUCCUGGGUCAGUCGGCAACAUCAUAAGUGAUGAUAUUGAUAAUUUCUUUGAUUGGUUUGUGAAGAUUUUCAAUGAGGAAAAUAUGGCCAACAAAUUAUUAAUGUCUGCUUUAUGUUGGGCUAUUUGGGAUGGAAGAAAUGAGAUGGUAUGGCGUAAGAAAGAAACUUCAGUAGAAAGCAUAGUAAUGUCGGCAAAAGGUUAUCUUGAUCACUGGACAAGUGCUCAAAAUUCUCUCAUUGAGACAUCAUGGACUGGUUUACAGUCGGGUGAUGGGGCAGAGCUUUGGUGUCCUCCCAUGGAAAAUAGUAUCAAGAUCAAUGUGGACGCUGCUAUGUUUAGUGAAGCAAAUUCUUAUGGCAUUGGUUUAGUGGCAAGAGAUAGACACAGCCCUUUAUUGGAAGCUCGUACAGAAUGCUUUAUUGGUAGAGUUAAUCCUGAAGUUGCUGAGGCUAUCAGUGUGAGAGAAGCUUUAAGUUGGAUCAAAAAUCGUAACUGGCCAAGAGUUGUUGUGGAAAUUGACUGCUUAACAGUGGUUCAGGCUCUACGCAGCUCUAUCCAUAUGGUUUCUUUAUUUGGUCAAAUUAUCAAUGAAUGUAAACAACUCAUGUUAGAGUUGGGUCAUGUUAGUGUUUAUUUUAUUAAACGAUCAGCAAAUGUUGUAGCUCAUAACUUCGCAAGGGCUUCUCAUUUAUAUUCUGGUUGUAUCUUUGGUUUGGAGGAUGUUCCAACCAAUUUGUUACCUUGUUUGGUAACGGAGUUUGAUGGUUAA